CAAUCCCGAUCCCGAUCCCGGUUAGAAGCCGAUUCAUGUAUGUGCUGUACAGUCCCUCAUACCGGCACCGAGCAUUUGCCAGCGGCAUCACGUCGUGCCGCACACGAGGCUAAGUUUACCAAUAGCGGCAACGCGGGCACGGCUACGACCAGCGACCACACACCACCAGACUUGGAUUUGACGCCAAAGCUCGGCUGCCGAAAAGCAUGGCCUCGGUAUCGGGGACCGAACUGGAAGCGGAUACCGGGGCGUGGGCUUCGGUACCUUGGACGCCCGUCACCGAUCGUGACGACUGCAACACCAUCAUCGGCUGGCGCAAAGCGAACAUCCCCUAUCUCCCCGCCGGGACGGCCCUCUCCCUCCAAACCCUCGACGUGUGGAUUCCCGCCAGCACCACCGUAGCAGCUCCAGAUGCAUCCAUCCUGCCCUGUCCCCCAAACGGGAGCGCGGGCAAGUGGAUUAUCUACAUCCACGGCGGCGCCUGGCGUGACCCGGCCAUAGACGCAAGCUCCUUUUCCGCAGCUGCAACCAAGCUCCUCCACUUCCAACACACCUCCACCAACACCCCCAUUACCACCAACAACAACAGGAAAUCUACCGGCUGCAUCGCAGGCCUGGCAUCCCUCAACUACCGCCUCUCCCCCCACCCUUCCCACCCGUCAGACGACCCCUCCCGGCAGGCCACCCACCCAGAGCACAUCAGCGACGUACUCUCUGCCCUCUCCUUCCUGCAACAGCACCUCUUCCACCCAAACAACAACAACAACAAUAUGGACGACAUGAUCCUAGCAGGCCACAGCUGCGGCGCGACGCUGGCCUUUCAAGCCGUCAUGGCCCCGUCGCGAUGGGGGCUACCUUCGCCACCAUCACCACCACGAUUAUUCACGCGCAGCAGGGUACGCGCCAUCGUGGGUCUGAACGGGCUGUACGACCUGGCCGGGGUCGUGCACUCGGACUCGACCUCGACGCCGGCGUGGCUGCGCGAAGCGUACGCCGAGUUCACGCGCGGCGCGUUCGGCGAUGAUGAGGACGUCUGGCGCGCCGUCUGUCCCGCUACCGCGCAAGGGUGGGUCCCUGAGUGGCUUCGGGGGAAUCAAGAAGGAGAAGACGGUGCUGCGGGUGAUGCGGGUGGGGAUGAUGGAGAUGGGCAGCAGCCUGAGGCUAAAGCUGCUGAAAAGGUGGUCGUUCUCGUCCAGAGUCGACAGGAUUCUCUCGUGCCGUAUGACCAGUUGGAAAAGUUGAGGGGGUAUCUGCUCGCUGCCGCCGGCCAAGGAGGCCGUUUGCGAGUAGAGGAGUUGCAUGCCGGUGGGGAACAUGAUGACAUCUGGCGGGAAGGGGGGAGAAUGGCGGAGAUUCUUUGGCAGGUUGUAGCUGGGUUGUGAUGUUUGUUGUUCAAUCUUUACCAAGGAUGGGGGAUGGCAAGGCGAGAGCUAUGGCUUCCUUGACUGGCUUAGGUUGUCUUUGGGGGGUUAAUAGACGGAUGGGUGCCGGUUCAUGGUAGAGGUGACCUUAGAGACCUAGGUACCUAUGAUUUCCAGCGGGGAAAAGGGACCACCGCGUGUUUGUGCCGGUGCUUGUCAGAAGGAAACUAGAUAGGUGGCUGAUGCAACAGACACGUCUUGCCGUGUGUUAUCACGCCCCUGGAUGGGACCAUUGGCCAGGCUCCGAUAGGGGUAGCGAAUAUGUAAGUGAUGCUGUACCUCUGCCCCUACUAAUAAGA